CUGACCUCUUCCUUUCUUCGUUGACACAAAAACCACGCUUUGUUCUUCUCUUCGUCUUCCUCCUCUUCGCUGAUUCUUCUUCUUUCAAUGAUUUCUUCUGCAAUUAUUCUUACUAACUCUCUUCUUCUCAUGCUUGAUUCUCUUGACACAUGAUUGAUCAAAGAUGAGAUUUCAACAGUUCCUACUCCGAGCAACCCUUUUUCCGGCACCUCGUAUGCGGCCUAGAUCUGGUGCUUCUGAAGAUAAGUCUCAGGCUAGCACUAUUGUACGUGCUCAAGCCGGUCUGUUAUACUGAAGUAAAAGAUGGAAAAAUCCGAAACAGGAGAGCACCCAUCAUCUCAACAGGAAGCUCAACCAUUUUCGAUUGAAGCCGUAAACAAAGUGAAGAAAGUACAAAGGUUUCUAAGAAGUCAUUGUUUGGAAACUCUCUUAUCUAUCCACGAUCCGAAUAAGUUUAGCCCGGAUCAUCUAGAUGAGAUCAGAGUGGCCGUUUAUCCAUCGCCGGUUACUAUGGUUGUGAAUUUGUUCGCUGGGAAACACAGCAGCAAUCCGAUACAUGGUCUCCAACAAUCGAUUGACCGGCUAAACAAGAGGCUAGUGCCCAUUGAACAAGAGGAGAAAGUUUACAGGGAGAAGGCUGCCAUGCAUUUUGAUACAGCAAAACAACAUUACCGGGACAAAUAACAAACGUGAAGCUUUAUUCCAUAUGAAAUUGAAGCUGAAAAUAGAGGAAGCAGCUCAACAUCAUCGGCUUCUUCGCCUGCGUUUACAUAAAGAAGCACGAGACUAUUUUUUUUCUUUUUCUAAUGUGAUUCUAUUACUAUAUACAUUUAUUUAUUUAUUUUCGAAUUUUAUUAACACCAUUUUUCUUUUUUUAAAACACAAACAGUUGAUGUUAACUGAAAAUAGCAAAAAUGUGGUGAUUUCGGCUGAAGGUGGGAAGAAGAACAAGAAGAGGAAAGUGAUUGAUGCGUUGCGGCUGAAGCCAACGCAUGUACUGUUUAUUUUUUUUGGUUUAUUCCUUUCAUUGUUAAUAACAUAUUACAUUAUGCGCUGGCUUCAGAUAACAUGAAUGUUGCCUAGACAACAUUUAAUCUUCCAAUAUUCAUGGGUUCUUGUUGACCUUUAAGCUGCUGUGACAGCAAACAAAAUUGUAUAUUCCUUUGUGUUAUAUAUUAGAAU